UUUGUUAGUUUAAUCUAGAAAAAGUAAAAUAAAAAAGGGGUUGCAGAGAGUUGACAUUUUGUGUGUGCCUACGCAACGGGGCAACCAGAUGAUCACUGGAUUUCAAAUUUGCUUUUAUACCAAGUCUGAAAGUUAUGGCUUAAUCCCAUCUAUUAAAAUAAAAAGCAAUUGAGAAUGCUGAACUCCAAUGGCAGAUCAUCAUCUGCAGAAAAGAAAGUUGAUCAAUCUGUUGGAUAUCAGGAAGGUUCACAGUCGGGAUUUAAGAAAGGAGAGUGAACUUGAUAAUGCCAAAGCUGAAUUGGGAGAGGUGAUGGAAGAAAAUGCUAGAUUAAAAAUGGCGUUAAAUCAUAUGGAGAAGGAUUACCAUUCUCUCCAGCUGCGGUUUUUUGACAUCCUCAAGCAACAGGCUUCCAAAAAAGCUGUAAAUGUCGCGGGUCAUCGAAUAAUCGAAGAACCGGAGGAGCUCUUGUCUCUUUGUCUUGGAAGAAGUCCAAAGGAACCUAAAAAUGAUCGUGAAACUACUGCCGGCAGCAACUUCACAAAACUUGCACAAGUUGAUGAUGGUGAAGAGAACUUGAAGGCCAAUCUUACUCUUGGAUUAGGUUCUGAUGAGACUAGUUUGGAAGAACCUAAUAAGAAUCAUGCAGAAGCUGGAGGUGGAGAAGCGUCGUCGCCGCCAUCGAGUAAAACGCCGAAGACGAUGAGGAAUGAAGACGGUGAACCUCCACCGCAGGUCAAUGCAAAACGAGCUAGGGUUUCUGUGAGAACAAGAUGUGAUGCCCCAACGAUGAAUGAUGGAUGCCAAUGGAGAAAAUAUGGACAGAAGACUGCAAAAGGAAAUCCAUGCCCGCGAGCAUACUAUCGCUGCACAGUUGCACCAGCGUGCCCUGUGAGAAAGCAGGUGCAAAGAUGUUAUGAGGAUAUGUCCAUCUUAAUCACCACCUAUGAAGGAACUCACAACCACCCACUUCCAUUCACAGCCACUUGCAUGGCUUCCACCACCUCUGCCGCAGCUUCCAUGCUUUUGUCCGGCUCUUCCACAUCUCACCCGGGUUUCGAUUCCACAGCCACCCUAAUCAAUGGAUCAGAAUUUCGUGCCUUCGAUAACUCAAGAACACAACUCUACAUGCCCAAAUCUGCCCACCCUUUGCUCCCCACAAUCACUCUCGACCUCACUGCCUCUACAUCCUCUUCUAGCACAUUUCCUUCAAGUCUAAGCUUUUGCUCCCCGUCAGAUUCCAACAAUUUGCCCAUAAGUUGGGGCAAUGGAUACCUUAGAUAUGGCUUGCUACUGUCCGACAAAACUCAAGUUGGAUCCUACAAUCUUGGAAAGGCAUCCCAAGAGCAUUUCCAUCAAACUUAUGCAGAAAAGAUCCAUCAAGCUUCUUCCCAGGUGUCUUUGACAGAAUCACUAACCAACGCAAUCACGUCCGACCCGAAUUUCAAGUCGGUAAUUGCAGUAGCACUUUCAUCUAUGGUCGGAGGUGGUGGUGACGCCACCCAUAGGAACCAAGGCGAAGGUGGCGAAAGAAUGGGACAACAGUUGAAGUGGGGUGAAGCUGCUCAUCAGUUUACUUCUCGAAAGUGAAACUUGAAGCUUCCGCACGUUAAACUACCUCUGCUAUCUCUGCUAUCAGGGAUAGAAAAUUUGUAAAUUACGAUAUGAACCACUCGAAAUUCUCUUUUUCAGCCGGAAAGUCGCAGAUGUUGUGUUGCCAAACUAUCAAUCUUGAUCAUUGAUCAAGUAAACUCUUGUUCAAUGGCGUAGUUCAGAUUGACAGUCUAGCAACACAAUAUGCCUCGCAAAGACA